GAGAUGGCUCGCGAGCAGGAGCGCGGGGCCCUCAUGGAGGCGGGCCUGCAGGCGGCGCAGGACAAGCUGGGCGAGCGCGUCGCCGAGGCCGUGCGCCACGAGAAGGCUCAGCGCCGCCUACAGGCCGAGCUGCGCUCCGCCCUCGAGAGCCUCGCCACCGGCCAGAAGGAGGCCCAGGCGCUGAGGCUGCGAGCGCAGGCCCUCGAGGGAGAUCUGUCCGCGUGCCGCACCGCGCUGGCCGAGUCCGAGCGACUCCAGGACGAGCUGGCGCGACGCGGGGCGGCGCUGGAGGAGACGCGUGCGCAGCUCUCCGCCCUGCACCAGCAGCUGGCGACGGAGACGGAGGCGACCGCGUCCCUUCGGGAGGAGCUGGAGCGGCAGCGCGAGCGGAGCUCCAGCCUCCAGGCGGAGCUGGGGGCCGCGCGGGAGACGGCGUCGCGGCACGAGGGCGACGCGCAGGCGCUCGCGGCCCGCCUGCAGGACGCCGGCAAGCAGCUGGAGAGGGCCCACGGCGAGGGGCGAGACGCGCGGCGGGCGCUGGACGGCUCCCAGACGGAGCUGCGACGAGCGCGGUCCCGCGUCGACGAGGCGCAGGCGCUGGCCGAGCGGCGGCUGCACGAGGUCACGCGGCUGGAGCUGGAGCUGGCGGCCGAGCGGGACAGGAGCCGGGAGCUGCAAGCGGGCGAGGGGCAGCUCCAGCGGCUGCUGAGCGAGCUCUCCGGCCUCCGCGGCGUGCAGCGUGACACGCAGCAGCAGCUCGAGCGCAAGGAGGCGGAGGUGGAGUCGACGCACGCCGAGCUGUCUCAGGCCGUCGAGAGGCUCGUGCAGCUGGAGACGGAGGUGGCGGCGCAUGACAAGAAGGUGAAGCGCUACAAGGUGGAGCUCAAGAAGUGCCGCUCGCAGGCGCAGCAGCAGCAGGAGGAGGUGUCCAGCUGUAAAGAGCAAAUCUCAGCGCUGGAAAGUCACCUGGAAAAGGCAAAGCAGGGAAGCUUGCAGGAGCUGGCGAGCAGGGAAGGCCGGCUGGAGGCGUCGAAGGCCGAGCUGGAGGCGGCCCGGGAGCAGCUCCGCGUCCAAGAGGCGGAGCUGUUGGCGGCACGGAGCGAUGGGUCGCGGCUCCACCAGGAGAGCGAGCAGGUCAUCUCGAGCGUGCAGGGCUGGCUGUCGCAGCAGAGGAGCGCUCACGAGCAGCUGUGCGGCCAAGUCAAGCAGCAGGGCCGCGAGAUCUCGGCGCUGACGGCACAGAGGGACCACCUGCAGGACACCGUGCAGUUGCUGGCGCAGAAGAACGCCGCUCUGAGUGCCGAGCUGGAGAGCUGUAGGGCCGACCUGGAGCGAGCAAAGGCUGAGGUGGAGCGGCAGGAGACCGUGGUGACGCAGCUUCGCUCGCGACUUCACAAACAAGAGCGCGAGCAGGAGCUGGAGUUGGCCGAGAAGGCAGCCGUUGCGACGGACAUGCACGGGCGGCUGAGGUCUCACAUCCAGGUCACCCAGCAGCUCAACGAGCAGCUGAGCACAAUGAGCAAGGAGAACCUGGAACUGCGUCAGAGCCUGCGGAGGCACGAGAUGACGAGGGGAGACUUGGGUCUGGCCCAUGCUCCACUGCCCUACAGUCGAACCACGAUGCCCCUGCGCGGAUCCCCCAGAAACCCCUACGCCGCCGAGACCAUGCAGGCGAGUCUCUGAGCGCCCGCCGGGCCGAGGUGUGGAUGGGCACGGUCAUCGUCGUCGUCGUCGUCAGCCAUGAUCUGUCCACUGCCGGAUGAAGGCCUCUCUCGGGCCGUCGCCAUCUGUCGCGGCCUCGCGAUGAUGGGGCGGAGUCCGGCUCCGGGUCUUGCACGCACGCGGUGGAUUCCCAUCGAUUCCUUCAUCACUGUGGUGGACUCCCUCUCGUUAGGAUUGCCACGUGUCCUUGGUGUCCCAGGCUCAUCCUCUUCAUGAGGUGGCCAUCCUGGGAGAUCUGUAAAGUCUUCCCACGACAUUAAAAGUCCUGGUUAUAGCAGCACUUAAGUCAACCCGUUAACAUGAAGUUCUCCUCCUCCCUGCCAGUGUUGUGAGAUGUUCUUAUUCCCGUGAUAGCGUUUGCUUUUGUACUUCAAAAGAUUGCAACCCUACCUCUUAGUGAGGUUUUUUUUUUCUUCCCCUCCUUUGGUUGUCACUCUAGAAUUGCUCUCGACCGCCGGUCAUCAUUUCCCUCCGGCGGACACGUCCUGCUCACACCCGCUUAAUGCUUAAGUCGAUGCGAUGUCUCUAACCUGGCUAUCGUCUCUCAUCCACGACGUGCUUCUCUUUCUGUCCCGGUCCAUUUGCAGGUAGAGCUCGGCUCUCCCAUUAUUUAAGAAUCAUCAGAAUCUGUAUUUUUAGACUGCAGGAGAUGGAGGAAUCCGAUGAUCUUAUGAAGCUCUUGUUCACAGAUGUCCAGUAUGGGCACGGGGUCAGCUAGAUACAACAGCAAAUCGAUUCUUCUACCAAUUAUUCGACCAAGCGGACACCACGAGAUGGAUGGGGGGGGGGGGGGAAAGUCUCGCCUCUUGUUCCCACAUGUGCCGCUGAACGGGAGGUGAUGAGUCGGGGCUUAGUGGUGAAGGCGAUGUCGACAUUAUCAGCCUUGGGGGGCGGGGGGACGUCUGGGUGCCCGCCAAUUUUAAAGGGGGGCCCCCCAAAGUAAUUGACCAUUCUAAUUUUAAUCCAUUCAUGGACUCAAUUGGCUCAUCAUCCCAGCUCUAAUUCCAAGCUUCACAAGCUCCCGAGGUCAUUUUUUCCAUAAUGAGGGCGGUGGUGGUGUCUGGGCAUUUGAGCCGCAGACUUUGGGAGGACUUGUCCCUUUAUUGUUGGAAAUUGCAGAACCUGACACCAAUAAAGUUUCCACCCUCCCCCACUCCACCCCCGCGUGUCUCUGACAACUAUAUGUAGUGUGUAUAUUUUAACCAAGAGGCAGAGAUGCAUGCAUUAUUGACCAUUAGGUUAUUAUAAAACGUGUGAUUUGUGUGCUUAUAAAUGACCAUAAAUGUGUUUUACGUUGGUGUACGGCCACAAGUUCUGUGUAAUGAUUGAUCGUAAAUUCCUCUGGUAUCCCAGUGGAAAGAAAGCACCACGUAAAAACAGGACUUGAUUUAUCGCAGAAGUGUCUGUAUCUAACGUGUAUUCGUUUAUCCGUGGUGGGUGUCUUUGUUUAAUGCUUUACCGCAAGCCGUGAAAUUCUGUAAAUAUAGCACGUGAUUUUUAAAUAUACUUUGUCUACAAAC